GUGACCGCCGAGCGCUUCCCGUUUACUUCCGGUCCCGUCUCCCUCGGCCGUGGCGCGGGUUGCCUGAGGCGGAGGAAGCGGGCGGGCGAGGCGGCCAUGGCGGAGGCGCUGCAGAAGAAGCUCCAGGGGGAGCUGGAGAAGUACCAGCAGGUCCAGAAAGACCUCAGCAAAUGCAUGACAGCCCGGCAAAAACUGGAGGCGCAGCUGACUGAGAACAACAUCGUGAAGGAGGAAUUGGACCUCCUGGACUCGUCUAACUCUGUCUACAAGCUGAUUGGCCCCGUGUUGGUGAAGCAGGACACGGGAGAGGCAAAGGCCACCGUGGGGAAACGGCUGGACUACAUCGCAGGGGAAAUCAAGCGGUACGACUCGCAGAUGCAGGAGUACGAGAAGAAAUCGGAGCAGCAGCGGGAGACGCUUGCGCGGCUGCAGCAGGAGUUCCAGAAGGCGCAGGCCAAAGUGGCUGCCAAGGCCUGAGGGGAGGGGGGGAUAGGGGGAGCUCUGUGUCGCGCUGUACAUGUUAGUCUGCUCUUUGUCUGAAAUAAAGCCGGGUCAAGUUUC